AUGUUAGACGACACUGGAACUCAAUUGUACACUCCACAAGUUGUAGAACAAAAAAAGCCAAAUGUUAAACAUGAAUUUCAAACAAUUGAAGAGGCUUUUCAAUUUUACAAUGCAUAUGCAAGAGAAUGUGGAUUUAGUGCAAGAAUGAGUACUAGUAAGAUAAAAAAAGGAACAAAUGAGCUAAUACGGAAACAGUUUGUGUGUUUUAAGGAAGGAGAGACAAAUGAACAUUAUCAGAAGAAAGAAAAACAUACAGUUCAAAGAUCUGGUGAAAGGAAUCGAGGAUUAGUUCGAGUUGGCUGCAAAGCUAAGAUGACAGUGGUUAAGAGUCAAACAGGACCAAAUUGGAUUGUUAGUCAAUUUGUAGAAGAGGAUAACCAUGCACUUGCUACUCCAAGCAAGAUACAUUUGUUAAGAUCUCAUAGAGUUGUAUCAGCUGCAAAAAGAGGUUUGAGCCAACAGUUAUCAAAAGCAAAUAUUCCAAUGUGUCAACAAAUAAGGGUGCUAGAAAUAGAAGCUGGUGGUCCUCAAAAUAUCGGAUGUGUUGAGAAAGAUAUAAGGAACUAUGGACAGAGGGAAGAAAAAAAUCCAACCUUUUACUUUAAGUAUGAACUCGAUGAAGAAAGCAGGCUUGUUAGAUGCUUCUGGGCAGAUCCUUUUGCAAGGAGAUCGUAUCAUUUCUUUGGUGAUGUAUUAGUGUUUGACACAACUUACAACACGAAUAAAUACGAUAUGAUAUUUGCUCCAUUGGUAGGAGUAAACCAUCAUGGUCAAACUGUUAUUUUUGGAUGUGCUUUGUUGAGUGGUGAAAAAACCGAAUCUUUUAUUUGGUUAUUCAAUCAAUUGUUGGAUGCAAUGCCGAGGGAUGCACCUCAGGUGAUUAUUACGGAUCAAGAUCCUGCGAUGACGAAGGCCAUUGCUCAAGUUCUUCCAUCAACUUGUCAUCGAUACUGUAUCUGGCAUAUUUUGAAUAAAUUUGCGGAGAAGAUAAAUACAAUGGUUUAUCAAGAUAACUAUCAUUGGUUCAAAAAUAUAAUUUGUAACUCGGAGACUAUUGAAGAGUUUGAGACUAGUUGGGCUGAGUUGUUGAAGAAUAGUAAUUUGGGAGAUAAUACAUGGUUGCGCCAAAUGUAUGAAAUCUACAACAAGUGA